CAAGUAGCAUGUACUUAAUUGACAAUCUUUGUGCGUAAUAGCCGUCCAUUAGGUGGUCCCGAAAUUGACGCAUCUAGCGCGAUGGAACCAAUAUAUCUGACAGAAGCCGAAUUCCAGAAAUUAACGCAAGCAUUUUCAAAACGGUUGUGGAUACACGAGCAGGAAGUAGUGGUGCAUGAGAUCGGCAGCAGCGUGUUGUUGAACGACAACAAGUACUCCACGCCAAUCGAGGAAUCUGGCGACAGCUGGAACCUCUUCCAUUUCUCAGCCAAGCCUUGCGUUCUCGUGGGAGGAAGCCGCGUUCCAUGCGUUUCGGUUGACGGAGACCUUCAACGCAGCGUGUGGCAUCUCGCGGCUCGCUUCUCAUGUAUAUCGGCAGAGGGUCUAUCGAUAAACGCACCAGAGGACGUGGCAUUCGUACGUUUUCACUCCCCGGACACCAGCACACGGUGGCAGUACGAGUUGGAUUGGAUCGUACCUCUACGCCAGCAGCCGUGCAGCGCAGAACCAUCAUCCAGCGCGGCAGAUAAAUUUAACGCUGCGCUAGAGUCUCAGCCUUUGCCAGCGGACCAGUAUGCGCUGCUUUCGCACGGUAUUGAGAUUGCAGACGACAAGCAGUUCUUAAUGGACGUCGGCGCUUGGGCUCGGAAACAGGACUUGGACAGGUUUAUCGGCAGCACUGUCAACAUGGAGGAGUUCCAGUUUGUAUUUGACGUCAACCCGCGUACCAUUGCGGCGGAGAUGGAGGAUCAGCCUCCUAGGCCAGCCAUGACUCCUGCGGUGGAGCGUUGUCUUCUCCAGAGAGCGGCUGGGAUCCGCGCUGCUCUCCUGGAAGGUGGACGCUACAAUCUGCUGCUGGAAGAACUAUCGAACGAAGCAUUGCGGCCGGGAGCAGCGACGACUGCACCACCGCCGCCAGCAAUCGGCGGAGGCGUUGCAGCGGGUGGCAGCGAGUUGGAUGUCGAUUUCGACAACCGAGGCCAAGGUUUUCGCGGUGGGGGUGCGGUCAGCGGCAGGCGUGUCGGUCAUGCAAGUGGCCGAUGCGCAGGUGGUCGUGGUCGGAAACGGUUGUCACGUGCCCAGGAGCACGAGACUGUAGAUUCUGGUUCUGGUCAGCCAAUCGAAGAAGGGGCUGGGGCUGGGCCCUCUACGGCAGCUGCGCCAUCCAGUGAGAGAGUCAUAGGAGGGUCCCAGAAGCAGCCGGCUGUCAGGCAGAUACCCAUACACGAACCUGAGAUAGUCGCAUGGGGCAGCCACGUGGCUGCAGCAUUUGAAGCUAACGCCACGCUCUUCCCUAACGCUACACAGCAGGAGCGCACCUCUGCGUACAGCAACAUAUCUUCAUUGCCGAGUCUUGUUAUUAAGAUGGGGUCGAGUGACAUGCCAGCCGUCAACAGGUACCACCAGUCGGUGACGUUCGAGCGCAUUAGGCGCUUACUGAGCGACUUGCCAACUCAGCUGCCGUACCGUACGUCAUGGGGCCCCCCCGACAUGGGGCGCCUGACAGCUGCCGUCAUCGGCGGCAUGCUGCCACCAGGAACGCUCGUCCUGAAUCACGUAGACAAGAUGGGCACCAGGCCCCGAGUCGGCAUCGUGCUGUGCGGCUACAAGCAGUGGGGGAAGUCGGGUUUUGCAGUGCCCGUGCUAUGCAUGUGCGACAGCUGUUCGCAAACCAGCGACAUCACCAAGCGGAUCUUUGACCUGCAGUCCAGCUUCCACAGGCACGCAGGCCAAACGUGCCUGGACUGCAUGCGUUUCAACACUAACGCGCUGCUGCAUCUUCCCAUGGACGGCGCGCCCAGCGACUCCGAUGCGGCCUACAACAACGACAUCGACUCCCCCAGUGCAGCGGGCUACACCGGAAUGGUGCUCGUCUCGAUUCCCCGCCUUCUGGCCGCAUGGGCCAAGGUUGGCGGUCGAUCCCUGAGGCGAUUCCCGAAGCAGCUUUUCGAGGCGAAGUCGCCCGGCCAGAAUUGGCUGCUCCCGUCGGACCCGGAACGUCUCAGCCGGUUCCAGUACGCAGACGAACUCAUCAGCGAGUGGUCGAAGAAUAAGCUGCAGGCCACGCCGUCCGGUGCCAUUAAGAACGAGUUUGACACGCGCCUUAACCGGUUGCCGCCCGUUGAUAAUGCGGCAGCGGAAAAGGACGCCGAGGAGGCUCACCGCGCGUCUCGCCACACGCCGGCCAUGUUUCGGUACGAGCUCUACAAGCGACAAGAGGCGAAGGAAGCACGAGCUGGCCUGGAGGGUGCUGCCGUGCACCAACCGGGCACCGGGAAGUCUGGGUCACAACGCGCCUAACGUGCAGCAGCAGGGCAAGCUCGUGCACACAUGCCCGUUUAACGGGUCGCAAGGUAUCUAACGCACCUGGGCAGGUCGGAAGCGUUGUGGUCCGCCGGCAUAACAUACCAAGCGCGGGAAUAUGCCGUAGGGAGGUAGGGGCGAGACAGGAAGUGGGGGAGGGACUGAUGGGAGAGAGAGAGAGAGACGUACCAGAAGAGAGGUGGAAAAGAAGGAUAGGGAAUAGCCACAAACAGUAGAGCGCGUUGGUGUGGGGGGCGACAACUUGGGUUACGGCGUUCAGGAGGAGGAGAAAAAGAGGAGUGCAACAGCGUAGUGGCAAUUAACCGGAUGUGAUGAACGGCGGUAUGCUGAAGCAUGACAAGGAUAUGCCGUACGGAGGUAGGGGCGAAAGAGAGAGUGGGGGAGGGAGUGCCGGGAGAGAGAGACAGAGAGAGAAAGACGGAGGUAGGAGGAAUGGAGGGAACUAGAAGAGAGGUGGAAAUAGCCACAAAAAGGCUGAAAAUUGCCAAUGAAUGCUAAGUGAUGACGCAAUGUACGGUCGGAGAUGGAUACGUAGGUGGAACCUAAUACGGACAGUUCCUUGUUUGCUGGUUGCAGCCGUUGCCGCAUGGUUGCAAUUGUUCUGCACGGAUUUGUACACCGUUGAGUUCGAUGUGUCAGUACCUGCAGGAUCAUUGCGGUCUUUGCAGUUGGUCAGUCAAAACACGGCUGUUGACCGUGUGACAAACGGAAGGCGCAUCUUGUAUAUGUCGCUUGUCAAUUGGUUAAUGCAGUUGUCUACGAUCUAGCUGUUAACGGUCGAGAGCAUGGGGCGUUUCGUGUACGUUGAUCGGCAUAUGGUUAACCGAACACUGGUAAUUUUGCCGUCAUUCAGAGGUCGUCUCAAGGUAG